AUGCCUAAUGUUAAUGAAGAUGUCGGGCAUACCGUGCUGCACUUCUUAUAUACCGGCGGCUACGAGACAGUCAGCUCGCCUCUUGAUGAAGGUGUAUCAGAUCUCGCCAGAGAAUAUAAGAGGAGCGUUCUAGUCUAUUAUGCAUCAAGGACUUGGGGCCUAACUGACCUUGAAAUCCUUGCUAAGCAGAAGAUGGAGCACUUAGAUAAGGACCUUCCUAUUCUUGAAAUACUGCGGGUCGUGAGGGACGUGUUUUCAAGACUUCCUGCAGAUGAAACCUGGCUUCCAAGUUACAUUCGAGGAAACCUGCAGCGACUACCAAAGCCUGAAGUUGCAGGGCUUGACUUACACGCAUUUUACAAUAUUCUCGGCCAGGACCAUCAAUUUGAUAAUGCAGUGAUGAAGAUGAUUCUCGAGAUGCUAUCUAUUAGCUUAUGUUCUAUGAAAGAUCAGCACGCAAAGAUACUGAACGGCAUCAUUUCAGAAGAAUCCCCUCUUCGAGGGCCAUCCCCUGAGGAUCCUGAACCUGUCCCCGAAGAGCCUGAGCCUGAGCCUAUCUUCGAAGAGGCUGUACCAGAGCCUGCCUUCGAAGAGGCUGUACCAGAGCCUGCCUUCGAAGAGGCUGUACCAGAGCCUGCCUUCGAAGAGGCUGUACUAGAGCCUGUCUUCGAAGAGCCUGAGCCUAUCUUCGAAGCGGCUGUACCAGAGCCUGCCUUCGAAGAGCCUGAGCCUGAGCCUGCCUUCGAAGAGGCUGUACCAGAGCCUGUCGUCGAAUCGCCUGAACCAGAGCCUGAGCUCGAGCCUGUCCUGGAAGAGUCUCCUGCUGAGGGAGGUAGCGAACAGUGGAUCAUUCCUCAAGUCGAGGAUCUCAUGGUCGGACUUAAGUCUGUAUGGGAAUUGGGCAAAUAUGUCCUCAAAGAAAAGAGCUAA